AUGCUGGCAUGGCAGGACGGCGGGGCCAAGGCGGCUCCCUCCCACCACAAGAUCUCCUUCUCUGUCCUGGACAUCCUGGACCCGCAGAAAUUCACCCGCGCUGCGCUCCCGGCCGUGCGCCCUGCUCCCCGGGAAGCCAAGAAAAGUUUGGCAGAGGGCGAGGCGGAGAAGGACGCCAGUCCGGGGGAUCCGGCCCAGCAGCGAGAGACUCCUGAUGUUGUGGACCGAGGCGUGGGCGCGGCGUCCCCCCUGGAAGGCUUGGAGGCAGAGAUGGCAGAAGAGGAGGAGGAGGAAGCGGAGGAUGCCGGGCGGCGGCGGCGACAGCAGGAACGGGCAGCGGGCCUACUGGCGGACCCGGCGCGCUCCCCCGGGUCGCAGGCGGCGGCGUUGGCGGCCAGGGAGCGCGGCGCGGGCGGCCCCGCGGGGUCCCCAGGCUCCCCGCGGCCCCGGCGCCAGCGCGCCGAGCCCCGCUGCGCCAAGCCCCGGCGCGCGCGCACCGCCUUCACCUACGAGCAGCUGGUGGCCCUGGAGAACAAGUUCCGAGCCACGCGCUACCUGUCGGUGUGCGAGCGCUUGAACCUCGCGCUGUCGCUCAGCCUCACUGAGACGCAGGUCAAAAUCUGGUUCCAGAACCGCAGGACCAAGUGGAAGAAGCAGAACCCCGGAGCCGACGGCGCGGCCCAAGCGGCAGGCGGCGCGCCCCCACCGGGGGCAGCGGCAGGGGCCGGGGGCGGGGGCGGCACGGGGGGCAGUCCCGGCCCGCCAGGCCCUGGCGCGCUGCCCUUCCAGAGUUUCCCCUCGUACUCGACGGCUAACGUUCUUUUCCCGGCCGCCGCCUCCUUCCCGCCGACGGCCGCUGCCGCGGGGGCGCCUUUUGCACCCUUCCUGGGACCCUCCUACCUGACCCCUUUCUAUGCCCCGCACCUCUGA